UGGUGGAUGUGUGAUAGUAGUCCGCUCGUCCAAGAUGGCUAAACAAGUCCUCGCACUUUUCUCUGGCACUCAGCGGCCUUGGCUGUUGGAAAUCAAACACCCAAACAGCCAGUUUCUUCUCAACCAGUCGACCACGUACUCAUUCAAACACUGACUCUCAUCACUGAAGACGGCGACAUGAACUUCCGCGCAAGAAGAGUCACCUUGCCGGCCAUCACACCUCUUUGUCUGCAGAAGCGGCUCAUCAAGAUCUACAACGAGGACAACAGCAGCAGAGCAGUCGAGGUCCCCAGCGACAUUGUGGCCCGGGACAUGUGUCACGUGUUGGCCUCGGAGGGCCACGCCGCGGACGAACACAGCUUGACUCUGUACGAGCACCUCUCUCACCUGGGAGUAGAGAGGACCAUUGAGGACCACGAGUCCAUCAUGGAGGUCCUCUCCAGCUGGGGGAUGGACUCAGACAACCGCCUGCAUUUCAGGAAGAACUAUGCAAAAUACCAAUUCUUCAGGAAACCUCUGGACUUCUUCCCGGACCACAUGGUGUCCAUACCCAGCGAGACCAACAGAGUGCUGGAUCACUCCCAACUUGUUCAGAUCUUCCUCAGCUCCAGCACCGGUCCAGAGAUCCAUGGAUAUCUCCACACCAAGGAACCCAGCCGCAAGUCCUGGAAGAAGUUGUACUUUGUCCUGCGCAGGUCUGGGCUCUACGUUUCCAACAAAGGGACUUCUAAGGAACCGUGGCAUCUUCAGUUCCUGGCGGACUUUACUGAGCGCAGCGUCUUCACACUUUUGUCCGGCAAAAAACUCCACGGGGCCCCGACAGACUUCUGCUUCUGCGUGAAGUCUAUGAAGUGUUCCUCACCCCGGGACAUGAAGCUGCUUUGUGCGGACGAUGAAAGGACCAGGACCUGUUGGAUCACAGCCAUGCGCUUGUUUAAGUACGGCAUGCAGCUGUACCACAACUUCAUGUUGCCGCACCACAAACAAAAACCUUCUCCAAUGAGGAGCAUCUCGGAGAACUCCCUGGUGGCCAUGGACUUCUCAGGCCAGCACAGUCGUGUGAUCCAGAAGCCCUCGGAAGUCCUGUCUGCGGCCCUGGAAGAAGGCCUGGCCUGGCGGAGGAGGAGCUGCCCGCGUCUGAGUGCCCACGGAAGUCCGUCUGCGUCCCAAAGCUCCGUCUGCUCUCUAGCUCUCCAUUUAGCUCAGCCUUGGUUCUACGGCCGGAUGUCUCGGGAUGAAGCUCAGCUCCUCAUCACCCAGCAGGGUCCAGUGGACGGGUUGUUUCUUGUGAGGGAAAGCCAAAGCAAGCCCAAGACCUUCGUGCUGUCGCUGUGCCACAUGCAGAAAGUCAAACACUUCCAAAUAUUACCGGUCCAGGACGAAGGGGACUCGGUCCACAGUCUGGACGACGGUCACACGCGCUUCUUGGACUUGAUUCAGCUGGUGGACUUCUACCAGCUCAACCGGGGCGUGCUGCCCUGCAAACUCAAACAUCACUGUACCAGGACCACCUUGAGACAACCAGGACCACACCUUGACAACCAGGACCACUUUGUAACAGCCAAGACCACCUUGUGACAACCAGGACCACACUUUGACAACCAGGACCAGCGUGUGACAAUCAGGACCAGACUUUGACAACCAGAACCAGGUUGUGUCGACCAGGACCAGACUUUGACAACCAGGGCCAGCCUGUAAAACCAGGACCACACUUUGACUUAUGGGACCACCUUGUGACAACCAGGAACAUAUUUUGACAACCAGGACCAUACUUUAAAAACCAGGACCACCGUGUGACAACCAGCAACGUAUUUUGACAAGCAGGACCGUACUUUGACAAGCAGGACCACUUUGUGACAACCAGGACCGCACUUUGACAACCAGGACCAUACUUUGACAACCAGGACCAGACUUUGACAACCAGGACCAGACUUUGACCACCAAGACCACACUUUGACAACCAGGACCAUACUUUGACAACCAGGACCAGGCUUUGACAACCAGGACCAGCCUUUGACAAACACGACCAGGGUGUGACGACCAGGACAAUCAUGUGACAACCAGGAUCAGGGUGUGACGACCAAGACCAUCAUGUGACAACCAGGACCAGGGUGUGACAUCCAGGACCAUCAUGUGACAACCAGGACCAGUGUGUGACGACCAGGACCAGACUUUGACAACCAGGACCAGGGUGUGACGACCAGGACGAGCAUGUGACAACCAGGACCAGGGUGUGACAACCAGGACCAGCAUGUGACAACCAGAACCAGGGUGUGACAACCAGAACCAGGGUGUGACAACCAGGACCAGUGUGUGACGACCAGGACCAGACUUUGACAACCAGGACCAGGGUGUGACGACCAGGACCAGCGUGUGACGACCAGGACCAGGAUGUGACAACCAGAACCAGGGUGUGACGACCAGGACCAGUGUGUGACAACCAGGACCAGAGUGUGACGACCAGGACCAGCAUGUGACAACCAGGACCAGGGUGUGACAACCAGGACCAGUGUGUGACGAACAGGACCAGGAUGUGACGACCAGGACCAGUGUGUGACAACCAGGACCAGGGUGUGACAACCAGAACCAGGAUGUGACGACCAGGACCAGCGUGUGACGACCAGGACCAGCAUGUGACAACCAGGACCAGGGUGUGACGACCAGGACCAGGGUGUGACGACCAGGACCAGUGUGUGACGACCAGGACCAGUGUGUGACGACCAGGACCAGACUUUGACAACCAGGACCAGGGUGUGACAACCAGGACCAGGGUGUGACAACCAGAACCAGGAUGUGACAACCAGGACCAGUGUGUGACAACCAGGACCGGGGUGUGACGACCAGGACCAGCAUGUAACAAUCAGGACCAGGGUGUGACAACCAGAACCAGGAUGUGACGACCAGGACCAGUGUGUGACAACCAGGACCAGAGUGUGACGACCAGGACCAGCAUGUGACAACCAGGACCAGGGUGUGACAACCAGGACCAGUGUGUGACGAACAGGACCAGGAUGUGACGACCAGGACCAGUGUGUGACAACCAGGACCAGGGUGUGACAACCAGAACCAGGGUGUGACGACCAGGACCAGCGUGUGACGACCAGGACCAGCAUGUGACAACCAGGACCAGGGUGUGACGACCAGGACCAGGGUGUGACGACCAGGACCAGUGUGUGACGACCAGGACCAGUGUGUGACGACCAGGACCAGACUUUGACAACCAGGACCAGGGUGUGACAACCAGGACCAGGGUGUGACAACCAGAACCAGGAUGUGACAACCAGGACCAGUGUGUGACAACCAGGACCGGGGUGUGACGACCAGGACCAGCAUGUAACAAUCAGGACCAGGGUGUGACAACCAGAACCAGGAUGUGACGACCAGGACCAGUGUGUGACGACCAGGACCAGACUUUGACAACCAGGAUUAGGGUGUGACAACCAGGACCAGGCUUUGACAACCAGGACCAGCCUUUGACAAACACGACCAGGGUGUGACGACCAGGACAAUCAUGUGACAACCAGGAUCAGGGUGUGACGACCAAGACCAUCAUGUGACAACCAGGACCAGGGUGUGACGUCCAGGACCAUCAUGUGACAACCAGGACCAGUGUGUGACGACCAGGACCAGACUUUGACAACCAGGACCAGGGUGUGACGACCAGGACGAGCAUGUGACAACCAGGACCAGGGUGUGACAACCAGGACCAGCAUGUGACAACCAGAACCAGGGUGUGACAACCAGAACCAGGGUGUGACGACCAGGACCAGUGUGUGACGACCAGGACCAGACUUUGACAACCAGGACCAGGGUGUGACGACCAGGACCAGCGUGUGACGACCAGGACCAGGAUGUGACAACCAGAACCAGGGUGUGACGACCAGGACCAGUGUGUGACAACCAGGACCAGAGUGUGACGACCAGGACCAGCAUGUGACAACCAGGACCAGGGUGUGACAACCAGGACCAGUGUGUGACGAACAGGACCAGGAUGUGACGACCAGGACCAGUGUGUGACAACCAGGACCAGGGUGUGACAACCAGAACCAGGAUGUGACGACCAGGACCAGCGUGUGACGACCAGGACCAGCAUGUGACAACCAGGACCAGGGUGUGACGACCAGGACCAGGGUGUGACGACCAGGACCAGUGUGUGACGACCAGGACCAGUGUGUGACGACCAGGACCAGACUUUGACAACCAGGACCAGGGUGUGACAACCAGGACCAGGGUGUGACAACCAGAACCAGGAUGUGACAACCAGGACCAGUGUGUGACAACCAGGACCGGGGUGUGACGACCAGGACCAGCAUGUAACAAUCAGGACCAGGGUGUGACAACCAGAACCAGGAUGUGACGACCAGGACCAGUGUGUGACGACCAGGACCAGACUUUGACAACCAGGAUUAGGGUGUGACAACCAGGACCAGACUUAGACAACCAGGACCAGGACCAGGACCAGCAGGGCCUCACAGGAUGAAGACUACUCUACAGGAGAUCAAAGUGAAUAUUAUAUUGGAUCAGUUUUAGUCCAGGUCAGUAUUUGAGACUACUUGUCCAGGUCAGUAUUUGAGACUACUUGUCCAGGUCAGUAUUUGGGACUACUUGUCCAAGUCAGUAUUUGGGACUACUUAUCCAGGUCAGUAUUUGAGACUACUUGGACAGGUUUUCAUUUUUUUUUAUCACAACACUUUUAUUUCUUCUAAACUACAAGCAGUGUGAUAUCGUUCAUGGAAUCUCCUUUAACUUGUUCUGGAUCAUCUGUUCAUAUCCUGCAGACU